AACUGGUCAAAAGUUUUUAGAGCAGUUGUAGAAAUUUGUUUUCUUUCCUUUUGUUUGUUGUUUGUGCAUGUUCAAGAGGCUUUUAAGUAGAACAGUCACAUUUGCAUCUCCAUUGAUACACAUACCGUCUGUGAAUAAGUCAAGCAUUAGCUACUGCUACCGUACCAUGUCCUCUGAGUCAGUUAUUGCAUCCCAGUUGGAGAAGCUGUCCAUCGCUUCUCCAAAGACGUUUGAGGGUUCCUACCCUGAUUACAACACCGUUGACCUUUUGAGAAACUACAUCACAGAGGAACUUGUUAAGAUCUCUGGUGUUGAUGCCAACUUGAUCUUCCCGGCUCUUGAGUGGACCAACACCUUGGACCGUGGUGACUUGUUGAUUCCGGUUCCAAGACUGCGUAUCAAAGGUUCGGACCCAAAGCAGCUCGCCGCAGAAUGGGCCGAGAAGUUCCCACUGGGAGAGUACCUGUCCAAAGUUGAAGGAAAUGGUCCAUUUAUCCAGUUCUUCUUCUCCCCAAAGUUCCUCUUCAAUGUGGUCAUCAAGGAUAUCCUUGCCAGAAAGACGUCCUACGGUUCCACACCAGUUGGCAAGGGCAAGAAGAUGAUUGUCGAGUUCUCAUCUCCUAACAUUGCCAAACCGUUCCAUGCCGGACAUUUGCGUUCCACAAUCAUUGGUGGUUUCCUCUCAAACUUGUACGAGCAGUUGGGCUGGGACGUUACCCGUAUCAACUACUUGGGUGAUUGGGGUAAGCAGUUUGGUCUUUUAGCGGUUGGUUUCGACAAGUAUGGAUCAGAGGAGGCUUUGAAAAAAGAUCCUAUCAACCACUUGUUCGAAGUCUAUGUUAAGGUCAACAAGGACAUUGAGGAAGAGGGUGAUUCUCUUCCUGAGGAGGAGUCAACUAACGGUAAGGCUCGUGCUUAUUUCAAGAGAAUGGAAGAAGGCGAUGAAGAGGCCCUGAAAUACUGGAAGAGAUUCCGUGAACUCUCCAUUGUUAAGUACAUUGAUACUUACAAGCGGUUGAACAUCAAGUUUGACAACUACUCCGGUGAAUCUCAGGUUUCCCAGGAUCUUAUGAACAAGGCCUUGGAGAUUUUCAAGGAGAAGGGUUUGACUCACGAGGAUAAAGGUGCUGUGUUGAUUGAUUUGAAGAAGUUCAACAAGAAGCUCGGUAAAUGUAUUGUUCAAAAAUCUGAUGGUACUACCCUUUACCUUACAAGAGACGUUGGUGAGGCUAUUCAACGUUACGAAAAGUACCACUUUGAUAAAAUGAUCUAUGUUAUUGCUUGUCAGCAAGAUUUGCACACUGCUCAGUUCUUUGAGAUCUUGAAGCAGAUGGGUUUCGAGUGGGCUAACAGAUUGCAACACAUCAACUUUGGUAUGGUUCAAGGUAUGUCGACCAGAAAGGGUACAGUUGUUUUCUUGGAUAACAUCUUGGAAGAGACCAAGGAGAAGAUGCACGAGGUUAUGAAGAAGAACGAGGCAAAGUACGCUCAAAUUGAAAACCCAGAGGAAGUUGCUGAUUUGGUUGGUAUUUCAGCUGUUAUGAUUCAAGAUAUGCAAUCUAAGCGUAUUAACAAUUAUGAGUUCAAAUGGGAACGUAUGCUUUCAUUUGAAGGUGAUACUGGUCCAUAUUUGCAAUAUGCCCACUCUCGUUUGAGAUCGAUGGAAAGAAACUCUGAUAUCACCGCAGAAGAGCUUCUCACAGCUGAUUAUUCACUCCUGACAGAGCAACAAGCUGAGCUUUUGAUCCGUCUCUUAGCCCAGUAUCCAGAUGUUUUGAGAAAUGCAUCUAAGACUAACGAGCCAGCCACUAUUGUCACGUACUUGUUCCGUCUUACCCACCAAGUCUCCUCCUGUUACGAUGUGUUGUGGGUUGCUGGUCAAACUAAGGAGUUGGCUACUGCUCGUUUGGCUCUUUACUCCGCUGCUCGCCAGGUCUUGUACAACGGUAUGACCUUGUUGGGCUUGACACCUGUUGAUAGAAUGUAAAACGUGAACCACACGUGAGGUUGUAUAUUUAAUUUCUAUGGAUAAAGAUUUGUCUUCUUAUGUUGUAAGACGGAUUUUAACGCCAUAGGGCUAUGCGUUGAUUACCAACAACGAGCGUCAUUUGUGUAUAGUAUAAAUAGCACAUUUUCCUUAAGCUGAGUAC